UCUUCUUGCCUCCUUAGGAUACUCCAUUGUUGAGUUUGGUAACACUUUUUUUCUUUCAUCGUAACUAAAAUUCGUGCCAAAAAAACCACACACAAAAGUGCAAAAAAACACACUGUAAUUGAGCUUUUGUGAUGCACUAAUUGCAGGAAAAGCUUGUUUUUUGGAAGAAGCAGAAAGAAACCAAUGAAAGGGGCAUUCAGAUUUAAUGGUGUUUUUAACAAUUGGAGAUUUGUUAGAGGUUUUUCUGCAUUGGCUGGAAAGGCUAAAGGGUUACAAAUUCCUGGAAUUAAGGAUAUUAUAGCUGUGGCUUCAGGUAAAGGUGGAGUUGGCAAGUCAACUACUGCAGUUAAUUUGGCUGUUGCCCUCGCUAAUAGAUGUCAACUUGCUGUUGGCCUGCUUGAUGCUGAUGUCUAUGGGCCUUCUGUCCCUACGAUGAUGAAGCUUCACGGAAAACCAGAAACCACUGAGGAUUUGAAGAUGAUUCCAAAGGAGAAUUAUGGAGUGAAGUGCAUGUCAAUGGGAUUGCUUGUGGAAAAGGAUGCGCCUAUUGUUUGGAGAGGUCCUAUGGUAAUGAAUGCUCUGGAGAAAAUGGCAAAAGGAGCUGAGUGGGGGAAGCUUGAUGUUCUUGUGGUCGACAUGCCACCUGGAACUGGUGAUGCUCAGCUAACCAUUUCUCAGCGGCUACAAUUAUCAGGUGCUAUUAUUGUCUCCACUCCUCAAGAUAUAGCAUUACUUGAUGCUCGAAGAGGUGCUCACAUGUUCGCCAAAGUUGACGUUCCGAUUAUAGGUAUCAUAGAAAAUAUGAGCUGCUUUAUGUGUCCACACUGUAGCCAGCCUUCAUUUAUUUUUGGGGAAGGAGGAGCAAGGAGGACGGCAAAUGAACUGUCUCUCGAAUAUCUUGGUGAUAUACCCAUUGAGAUGGACAUUAGAACUUGCUGUGAUGAAGGUGUUCCUAUAGUAAUAUCAUCACCAGAUUCAAAAAGCGCCAGAGGAUACACUGAUGUGGCUCAGAAAGUUGUGAAACGACUUGAGGAUCUUUCACAGAAGCAAUUUCACCCUGAAAUUUCACUCUGAUUUUUAAGUGCGGACCUUGUACCUCUUCAUUGGGGCGGAAUGUCCACAAGACCAUAAAUCAUAGGCCUUCGGACUAUUUGGCUAAAUCUUCGUCUUGUGGCUCUCGUGGGGUAUCUUUGAAACUUCACUCUAUACGGGACACUCACCGUUCCAUCUCUUGUUUAGCUAACUAAAAUUUAGGCAAACAGAGUUUUCUUAUUUGUGCAGCUCGAAAUCUUCUCAGUGGUAGAGGGCCUUGUUUAGUCUUUAUGUAUGUGUGUUCAUGGUCUUGUCCUUCUAAGUUCAAUGGUUACUCUUCCAGUUUUGACUCGUGUCGGUAUACAUUUGAAGUUUUGUUGUAAGCCUCUUUGGUAUACCUUGAGUUAUAGUUUUUGACCAUAAUAAUUUCAAUAUGCUUAUGCAAUUUCUUGGUUUCA